UUUGAGUUUCAUUGAUUCGGUAUUUGAGAAAUUUUACCAGUUUAAAUUGACUAAUAUCCUCCUUAUUUAAUAAAUACAAGUAAAGAUGCCGAAUAUCAAACUGCAGUCAUCGGACAAUGAAGUAUUUGCUGUAGAUGUGGAAAUAGCAAAAUGUUCGGUAACAAUCAAGACUAUGUUGGAGGAUCUUGGGAUGGAUGAUGAAGAAGAAGAAGUCGUUCCCUUGCCCAACGUAAACUCUGCUAUUCUCAAGAAAGUCAUUCAAUGGGCUACUUAUCACAAAGAUGAUCCGCCAUUGCCUGAGGAUGACGAAAACAAAGAGAAGAGAACGGAUGACAUUUCAUCCUGGGAUGCCGAUUUCUUAAAAGUAGAUCAAGGCACACUGUUUGAACUUAUCCUAGCCGCCAAUUAUUUAGAUAUCAAAGGACUCUUGGAUGUUACUUGUAAGACAGUAGCAAAUAUGAUUAAAGGUAAAACUCCAGAAGAAAUUCGAAAGACAUUCAACAUUAAAAAUGAUUUCACAGCCACUGAAGAGGAUCAGGUGCGCAAAGAAAAUGAAUGGUGUGAGGAGAAGUAAUCACCUACACUCAUUGUUAUUAACUUCAUCGUAAUUUUAAAUUAAAACAUUUUAGGCUUAAUUUGUAUUUUGAAUUAAAAUGAAAAUGACCACUGUGGACACAAGCCAAUUUGGAACACAGGCUGACAUUCAUGUAUUAACUUGAAUAGACAACAUUAUUGUGUCCAGGAGGUAGACAUGUGUUUGGUGCACAUUUGUGUUUUACCAAUAGGUAUGUUUAAAUUUAUAUCUCAUUAAGAGUAUUAAAUCGAUAAAGUAAUAAAAAUAAUCUACUAGGUUGUAUUGUAUCAUUUGUUUUAAAGGAGUGUUGUAUAUUUGAUUUUAAGUAUUUAAAUAACAACUUAUUAUAAUAAUUAACUACUCUAGCCAUUAUUAUAGUAAUCUCACUGCAGGAUAUUCAUGUUAAUAUAAAAUUUCUGAAUUCCCAAUUUUUAUAUUAGAAAAUCAUAUGAAAGAAAUCCAUGUAUAUCUUGUAUCAAAUAAAAGUGAAUAAAAUAUUGAUUGUGGAAUUUGUUUUGUUAGAAUUGUCAAUUUGGAGCAACCUGAACCAACAAUUUAUGACUAUAAUUUUCUUAACUUUUUGGGUAUUGUAAUAUAACAAAACAUGUUAACAAGAAACCAUAAUAGUGGACAUCCACCAUCCAAAUGACAUAUAUGUCAGAAAUAGUAGAUAAAUGCAUUAUUCCAUGUGUACAUGUUUACUGAGAUGAAAAUGUGUUUUCUUUAAAUUAGUUUAUGAAGUAUAAUUUGUGAUUAAAUACAUUGUUAUAAA